AUGGGAUGGAGAGGGGGCGUGUUCGCUGAAUGGCGCGGAGACUUGGUUGUGUAAGAUUUGGCGCUAACGUUUCAGUAUCGCUCGUCUAGUUUACUGAGAGGAAGAAGGUUUGAGAAUUGCUCAAAAUAAAUAGAAAGAAAACGUCCGCUCUCCUGUAAAUUUUAACCAAAAUAAUCUGAUCAGUUCUCUUCAGCGGGUCUAUCACUGCAGACAUGCCAAGCACCAGGUCCGGUUCCCAAACCACCAUCUCGUACCCCAAAAAGAAAUCCUCCAGGUUGGCCUCCAAGCCCCAAAAUGACACUCCGAAAUCGGAGAACACGCGAAAAGUGACCCUGGUUUCCGUGGCGGCUUCCCCAAAUAAAUCCGAGGUCCUGCCUCUCAGCCCCCGCAAGCGAACCGGUGAUGAGAAUCUUUGUAACCUCCCUCGCUCUCUCCUGGGGUCCCCCCCAAAGCAGUGCUGCAAAGAGAACUCUGUUCUGUCUACCCCCCUCUCCCCCCGGACCCCCUCCAAGCUAAACUUCGACGAGGCGAGGCUGCGAUGGGGCCUAACUCUGUCUCCCCUGAAACGGGUCCCCCUCUCUGAAGUGGGAUCCCCCGGUGGAGCAGCGUGCGAUCUGGGCUCCCCCAAAAGCACCCCCCUGGUCGAGCCCCUGUCCCCGACGCGAUCCCCCUACCGCAGGGCUCAGGAGACCCCCACGAGCUCUCCGCGGGGGACCCCGAAAGAGAAGGCGGCUCCUGUGGUCAGGCUGUUCACACAGGAAGGCUCCUGCUACCAGCAGACGAAGCAGGCUCUCAACACUGCCAUCCCGGAGAGGCUGCUAUCCAGGGAGGAGGAGACGGCCGCCAUCCGGGCAUUCCUCUCGGAGAGGGUGGGGGGCCAGCGAGCCGGCAGCCUCUACAUCUCCGGAGCGCCAGGAACGGGAAAGACAGCCUGCCUGCGCCGCAUCCUGCAGGACUGCAAGGAGGAGCUCCGAGGCUCCCAGCAGAUCUUCGUUAACUGCAUGUCCCUGCGCAGCUCCCACUGCAUCUUCCCAGUGCUGGCGGAGAGGCUGCAGGGCGCCGGGAGGAGUCGAUCGGGAGGGAAGGACAUUGGGAAGAGGCUGGAGAGGCUGCUGACCGGCCCGGGACCCAUGGUCCUGCUUGUUCUUGAUGAGAUGGACCAGCUGGACAGUAAAGCCCAGGAUGUUCUGUACACGAUCUUUGAGUGGCCCUGGCUGGACAGCUCCCGACUCUGUCUCAUUGGUAUUGCCAACGCCCUGGAUCUGACAGACAGGAUCCUCCCUCGCCUGCAGGCCCGCCCUCACUGCAAGCCCCAGCUGCUCAACUUCGCCCCCUACAGCCGGGAGCAGCUCAUCGCGAUCGUGCAGGACCGGCUAGCCAAGGUGUCGGGUGAGCAGGUUCUGGACGGAGCCGCAGUUCAGUUCUGCGCCCGCAAAGUCUCGGCCGUGUCGGGAGACGCCCGCAAAGCGCUGGAUGUGUGCAGGAGAGCGGUGGAAAUCGUGGAGUCUGAUGUUCGCAAACAAACCGUCCUGAAGCCAACCACAGAGUGUGUCUCCCCGGUGAAGUCCCCCCCUGUCCCGCGGAAGGUGUCUCUUCUGCACGUGUCCCGUGUGAUUUCGGAGGUGUACGGGGACCGCAUGGUGCGAGGAGGGGAAGGGGACGACUCGGACUCCUUCCCCCUGCAGCAGAAGCUGUUGGUCUGCUCUCUGCUGCUUCUCACGAGGAAGGCCCGGAGCAGGGAGGUGACGCUGGGCAAGCUUCACGAGGCGUACAGCCGGGUGUGUCUGCAGCAGCAGGUGGGUGCCGUGGGGCAGGCGGAGUGCCUGUCUCUGAGCAGCCUGCUGGAGUCCAGGGGCAUUUUCGGGCUGAAGAAGGCAAAGGAGGCACGCCUCACCAAGGUUGCCCUGAAGAUUGAGGAGAAAGACAUUGAACACGCCCUGAAAGACAAAGCCCUCACAGGCACCAUCCUGACCAGAGGACUCAUUUGAACUUGCACACUCCAUUCAUUUUGAAAUUUUAGUUUUAUUCAACUUUUUUUUUUACUGUAGUUUAUUACACUGUCCUGGGGGUUGUUCAGAUUUUCAGCCGAUUCCUUAUUUUUUUUUUAGUCAAUAACAGCCUGAGGCUGCUUAUUCAAGGUCAGGAUUGAAAACCAUUUCUGAGGCACCUGUUGGAAACCCCUGUGCCCUCAGGCAGGGGGGGGCGAGGGGGGGUGGAGGCCUCCCCAGCCUGAGGUGUGGCAUCAAUAUCCCCUUCACUCACUGUGUAGAGAAUUGGACCAUGUUCGGUUUUAUAAUGCAUGCAUGUUUUUUUUUUUGUUUUUUAUCAUCAAUUUGGGCAGGGCAACUUCUCUAACUCCAUAGAGCACACAAACUGCUUUUAUUUGUAUAAAAAUGAAAUUCAUUGUGACCAGAAGGGGAUGUAUAUUAAUUGUGUGUGUUUUUUUUUAAGCUUGGCAGGUAAUUCAGGCCUGAAGGGGUUAAACAUUCCUUGUGAAUUUACAAACUCUGCUAUUUGCUGUGUUAAUUUUUGCUCCUAGUUCAAACUCUGGGGCUGUCUUUACAGGUGGUCUUGUGUGUAUCUCGACCGUGGUGUUUUUUGUGUACAUUUAGAUUUGCUUUCUACAGAAAGUGUUUUAAUUGAUGGCAUGUUUACAUGAAAGGUAUGUUUGUUUUACCCAUAAUAAACACGUGCCUGUUUUAAACAAAGUACUGUGGAUUUGUGUAAAAUGUAUCUUAUGUAUAUUUUAAAAAUAAAGAUUUUAUUUGAACCA